CCCUGGGAGGCUGAGCUGGGGCCUGUCCCUGCCGUCCCAGCCAUUCAAGUCCGCUCCUGGAGAAGUCCCCACCGGCCUGGGAGUUCCGGAGAGGAGGCUCUCCUGCCUGCUGCGAGAGCGUCGGGAGUCAGGCAGGGGCCGCUCCAGUGCCUGGGCUCUUUCCGCAGCUGGCGGAGCCCGAGGGCGGACCGGAGGAGCCCGGAGGUGGGCGCGCGGGCGCGCCUCCCCGCCCGCUGCACCUGGUGGGGCGCACACGGCCGCUGAGCGCGGCGCCUGCGGCAUGGAGUGGGAGCUCAACUUCCUGGUCUACCUGGCGCUCUUCUUCUUCCUGCUCUUCUUACUGUUCCUCCUGCUCUUCGUGCUCAUCAAGCAGCUGAAGAACUUGGGGGCCAGCACGGCCGGGGCGCUCCAGCCGGGGCGCCUCUCGCUGCACCGCGGGGAGCCUUGGGGCUUCUCCCACGAGCAGGCGGUGUGAGCCGCACGGUGCGGGGCUGGCGGGAGGGCGCCGAGCGAGCGGCGCGGGCGCAGCUGGGUCUCAGCCUCGA